AUGCCUGAUUAUAGAAGCUUUGUCACGGUGGGUUCGAGGAUAUAUGUGUUUUGUGGGAUUAACCGAACAAGUGCCCUAACCAUCGAUUGUGGAUCUCACACGGUGCAACCUCUCCCCAGCAUGCCUGUGCCCAUGUAUCAUGCAACCGCUGACAUCAUCGAGGGGAGAAUCUACGUAGUUGGAAAGCACUAUUGUGAUGAUUUUGUAUGGAAGAAGGUGAUGGUGGUGUUCAAUACAGAAACACAAAAAUGGGAGGAGCCUAGGGUUAUAAAGGCAGGCAUUGCCGCGUGGCGUGGUUGUGUGGUGGUGGUUGGUAUGCUGUACUUGAAGGAUAAUCAUAACGACAGCUUUGUUUACGAGCCAAAGGAAAAUAAAUGGGAAAGAGACGAGAUGCUGAAUUUACACGAUUGGGAGAAUGCGUGUGUCGUCGAUGACGUACUCUACUACUUCGAUUAUGGUGUGAAGAGAAUAAGAGCGUAUGAUCCAAAGCAGAGGUGCUGGGGAGUGGUGAAUGGUUUGGAAGAUCUGUUGGCUAAGCAGAAAGGAUAUUUAUGCAUUGACACUGUGGGUUACUGUGGGAGACUGGUUUUGUUUUUCCAUAAAGGAAAAAAAGAAGAAGUAAGACGUGAGAUUUGGCGUGCGGAUAUUUCGCUGAAAAUACGUCAAAGGAAAAAAAGAAGAAGUAAGACGUGA